GUAGUACGUGAUAAGAGAAAUGAGAAGUGCAUGCUAAGUAAUAUAAAGGGCGAACAGUCUCCCGUAGCUAUCUAUCUCUGGAGAUUACUUCGUCAUACGAACUAUAGAAUACAACGAGCCAAAAUGGGGAUCCAAACCGACUUUCCCGUACUUGAUAGCUUCUUUUCGCUGCCCUUUCCUUUUAAAAUUGCUUCGUUACUUGUCGUUGGUAUUGCGUUCCGCCUUCUAUGGAAUAGAUUCAGGAAAGAAUUGCGUGAUAUCCCAGGACCAAAGGUUGCCGCGUAUACAGGACUUUGGCGCUGGCUUGAUGUGCGGGCCGGCCAAGCUCACAAGAACGCUAUUAAACUGCACAAGAGAUACGGCUCACUCGUUCGAAUCGGCCCAAACCAUGUCUCAGUCUCCGACCCGCGUGAGAUUAACCAUAUCUACGGCAUGAAAUCCAAGUACACCAAGACUGAAUUCUACCAUCCCAUCCAAUCUAUUAUCUGGAAAGGCAAAGCAGAGCCACACUUGUUCACUAUGCGAGACCUAACUGUCCACCGAGAGUCGAAGAAGAUCCUCGCCAACGCUUACAGCCCGACAUCGGUCCUAGCAUACGAACCCGCUGUGGACGAGUGCAUAACCCUAUUAUUAUAUCAGAUUGAAAAGCUCGCAGAAGAGAAGAAACCGAUAGACCUCGGCGAAUGGAUGUCGUACUACACCUUCGAUGUCAUUGGACAAUUGUCGUUCUCGAAGAUGUUUGGAUUCCUCGAGAAGGGUUGCGAUGUGGAUAAGAUAAUAGAGACGAUUGAUAUUGUUCUAACAUAUGCUAGCCAAUGCGGUCAACUCCCUGAACUCCAUAAGUUUCUUUUAGGGAACCCGUUUCUUCCCGGAGGAGCAAUGAACCAAAUCGUCGACUUUGCUUUGAAAGCUAUCAAUGGGGCGGCUAGUCGGCACACAUCAUUAAGAAAGGACGGAGUACUGGAUGCUUUGGACAUCGAGAGCAGAGGCGAUAUGUUAACCAAGUGGUACGCUCUGAACCAAAAUGGCUCUCAGUGGAUGACCACGAAGUAUCUUGUUGCACACUUGAGCGCAAAUGUGUACGGAGGGUCUGAUACUACAUCUAUCGCCUUGCGGUCUGUAUUGUACUACUUGGGCAAGAAUAGGGAUAAGAUGCGGAAACUGGUGGAGGAGAUUGACGGCGCGGCGGCUGCUGGCAACAUCAGCCAACCGGUCUCAUUCAAAGAGGCCAACACGCAUCUGCCAUAUCUAAAUGCGGUGAUCAAAGAGGGCAUGCGGAUCCACCCAUCUGCUGGCCUCAUGUACGAGCGCUACGUCCCAUCUGGCGGUGAUACCAUCUGCGGAAAACAUAUCCCCGGGGGAACUGUCGUUGGAAUCAACCCAUGGGUCACGCAGUAUGAUCCCGAGGUAUUCCCCGACCCCGAGAGCUUCGUCCCAGAGCGGUGGCUCGACUCAACCGAGGAGCAGCUGAAGCGAAUGGAGCAGUCCUUCUUUAACUUCAGCGCAGGCUCUCGCACGUGUCUUGGAAGACAUAUUGCUAUGAUAGAGAUAUCGAAGAUGAUACCGGAGCUGCUGCGUAGGUUCGAGUUGACCCUGACGUAUCCUGACCGCGAGUGGGAGACUAGGAAUGUGUGGCUUGUGAAACAAAAGGGGGUGAUUUGUAACAUAACGAAGAGAUCGUGAAUCGGAUAUAUAGGUAGCUGUUGGGUCUUUUGUUUAACCAUAUAUGUAUCUUAUGUAAAUGACCAACCCCUGCAGCAUACUGCUAACGGACGGACUUAUCGACGAGGUCCUCUUUUUGUAAUAACUAUAUGGCCAAUCGGAUCCCGCGCUGUUGUUUUCUAGGACCGGAGCUGGGAGGUUUGAUACUAGGUACUAAAUGUGUUCUUGACAUUAGAUAUCUCAUCUAGAACCCUAACAUCAUAAACACUA